AUGGGUUCUUCAGACAGCUUAGCACCAAGAGAUGCUAAAAUAAUCUCAUUAAUUCUGAGAUCUGUUGGAAUUGAAGAGUGCGAACCAAAAGUGAUCCUGCAGUUCUUAGAAGUAGCAUACAAAUAUUUUAUUGAAGCCCUAGAAGAUGCGAUGUUAUACGCAGAGCAUGCAGGCAGAACAACUCCAAAUGGUGCAGAUAUUAAACUGGCAAUUCAAACAAAAGUGGGAAAGUAUUUUGUUCCUCCUCCUCCCAGACAAUUUAUGCUGGAAAUAAGUUCAAGAAUAAACUCUAAACCACUCACUGUAUUAGAAACAUCUAACCUCAUAAGAAUUCCUGGUGAGAAAACAAGCCUGUUAGAGCUGUACUAUGCCACAAUAAGAAAGGAUGAAACCCGAAAAAGGAAGAAAUAA